CUUUUAAUUUUUUUAAUUUUUAUUUUUUUGUCUUCGGCGCCUCUUGUCUCCACCCCCCACCCCUUUUCUUAAAUUCUUCAUUGCUUAUCCUUUCCCACUCCCACAUGCCCAUCUCCCUCUCUCUCUCUGUGUGGAGAUCUCUAUGUUAUAAGUUACAAAGGAGGAGGAGGAGAGGAUAUUUAUAUAUAAGAAGUAACCAAAGAUAAUUAGGAGGAGAGUGAAGCUGCAUGUUGGUGCAUGGUGGAGAGAUAUGUGUGUAUGUGUGUGUAUCUUAAUUAGCAUGUGCGAAACAACAGAAGUUGCUUUCACCAUUAAUGAUGGGCUGGGUCUCCUGGAUAAUUAAGUUAUAGGGAAUAAGGGAGAGGAAUAAGUAGUAGCGAACUCAUCCAUGGAGAAUAGGGGGAAUAUGAACAGCUAUGUUGGUAAGCAGCAAGAGCAGCAGCAGCAGCAGCAGCAGCAGCAGCAGCAGCAGCAGCAGAUCUUCUUUGGGUCCAUGAACGACGCUUCAUCCUCCUCCGCUUCUUCCUCCAUGCAUGGAAACAUCAUGAGUAGGGAACCUGGAGCUUAUGACAUGGGAGAGUUGGAUCAAGCUCUUUUCAUGUUUAUAGAAGGGCAGGAUCACUCCUCUAAUUAUCAUCAACAACGACAGACUUUGAACAUCUUCCCAUCUCAGCCCAUGCAUGAAGACCCAUCACCGAAUGGUGGGGUUAGUUUACUCUCUCCAACAAGCAGUGGGUCCAAGAGGUCAUCAGAGCAAAGCAUGGAGCCUACAGCCACCCCAAGAAAUGACCACCCAGCAACUUUGCCUGAGACUAGGAAGGAUGCUAAGGCACCAGUGAAGAAGGAGUCCAGCACAAAGGGCACAUCAGUUUCAGAACGUGGACCCAAGACACCAGAUCCCAAGGUGUUAAGGAGGCUUGCUCAGAAUAGGGAAGCAGCUAGGAAAAGCAGGCUCCGAAAGAAGGCUUAUGUUCAGCAACUCGAGGCUAGCAGGACAAAGCUAAGUCAGCUAGAACAUGAGCUGCAGAGAGCAAGAGCUCAGGGUUUGCUAUCCGGCAGCGGUGGACCUCUUAUCGGCGAUCAAGGCCUUUCGGUCAGCCUCGGCGGGCUAAGCUCAGAAGCUGCGAUGUUCAACAUGGAGUAUGCUCGGUGGCAAGAAGAGCACGAUCGGUUGAUGUGCGAGCUGAGAGCAGCGGUGCAAGAGCAGUUGCCGGAGAAUGAGCUCCGGUUGUUCGUGGAGAACUCGAUAAUGCACUAUGACGAGAUGAUCGACCUCAAAAGCAUAGUCGUCAAGUCCGACGUCUUCCAUCUCAUCUCCGGCGCGUGGAAGACCCCCGCGGAGCGCUGCUUCAUGUGGAUGGGCGACUUCCGCCCCUCCGAGCUCAUCAAGAUGUUGGCAAGCCGCAUCGAUCCAUUAACGGAGCAACAGAUACUAGGAGUAUGUGGGCUCCAGCAGUCGACGCAGGAGACAGAGGAAGCACUCAGCCAAGGUCUCGAAGCUCUUCAACAAUCGCUUUCGGACACCAUCGCUUCCGAUGCAUUGAUCAGCUGCCCGUCGAACAUGGCCAACUACAUGGGCCAGAUGGCCAUUGCCAUGAACAAGCUUGCGACGCUCGAAGGAUUCGUUCGACAAGCCGAAAAUCUCAGGCACCAGACUCUGCACCGGCUGCACCACUUACUGACGACGCGUCAAAUGGCUCGAUGCUUGUUAGCCAUCGCCGAGUACUUCCACCGCCUCCGCGCGCUCAGCUCCCUGUGGCUUUCGAGACCGAGGCAGGAUUAAUAUACGAGAAAUAUUUCCGUACGAUUCUGACAUGCGUGGAUUGUUGGAUAGAAUUCGUGAGGAAAGGGGGGAAAAAAUAGAGAGGAAGCCAGAUUGCCGCGAUGGAGAUAUGGUUAUCUCCUAUUACAGCAGAUUCUUAGUCAUUAGAUAAGGGGAAUAGAAAGGAAGGAUGAGAUUAAUUUGUUGUAUGGGGGGAGCAUUAAUGUUUGUGCACUUUUUUUCUACUUAAGCUUUGCAUGCAUGCAUGCAUGAGAGAGAAAUUGGUGAACAAGAAAUUUGUCACCUUUUCAUCUCAUUCAUACGAAAUAGUAUUAUUGUACAUUAUUGUGGAUAUGGAA